AUUAAAAUCUCAUGGACUUAUGGGGGUUUGCGGUGGGGUUGUCCCUAUAAAAUCCUUGGAAAAUCGAGAUCCCGUUUCUUCACAGCUGUGAACGAAUGUGUAUGGAAAUGCUUAGAAAGUUCAUUUGGGCGAUUCUGCUUUUCUGCGAUUUUCCACCAUGGAGCUGUGGAAACUUUGCUUCCAAGAAUUUUGAAGAAAAAUUAGUCAAGUUGUCUAAAGUGAUCGAAUACAUUCAUCAAAGACCUCAACAAAUGAAUAUCGACGUUACGUUAUCUUUAACUAUUGUCCAAGGUAAAACAAUAAAAAUAUUGCAAAUUUACAAUUUUAACAAGCAUCGUUACUUUCCAAACAUUGAAUAUUUCACUUCAAUGUUAUUUUUUACAGCUAACAUUGCUGCUAUUUUUUUACACAAAAAUGCACGAUUUUUAGCCGAUAAACAUCGAGAUAUACUUGUAACGAUUUUAAAGCUUUGUGAUUUAACGAGACGGGAUUUAUUGAAUAAAAUCGUUUUAGAGAACGAAGAUAUCCGAUUGUUGCACGAAACGAUAAAUUAUCCCAAUUUAUGGAUGAAAAAGAUAUCAUGGCGGCAUGGCGCUCUAGCAAAAGGGAGAGCCAAUAUCGGAUUACCUUAUCGAGAUAUACGAGAUCUGGUAAUGCAAGGAGUGCCUAACGAGGAAGAAAGCGAUCGAUGCCUCGCUGAAAUCGUUCGAAAUAAGUUCAAUUCGGAUCAUAGAAUUCCUGGUUUAUGCCUGGAAAUAUUAACUACUCGAGAAUCAAGCAAAGGAUAUCCUCUCACUCAUCGAUUGUUAAUCGUUCAAAUUGCCAAAAUAAUGGAAUGUGACCAAGGUCUUCCAUCUUCAGAAUUAAUACUUUUUUAUUGUUCUGCAAUUUUUCAAGAUCUGAUCGAUAUCGAGAUAGCUGGAUUUCCUUAUCAAACACCAGAUUUAAUGAUGGAACAGGUUGUUUUAUGCGGCAUGGAAGGUUUCCUUGAAUUCACUGAUAAGCAUUAUCAACGAUUAAUAUUGGACUGGUCACAUCCUAGCGGUUGCUUCAGUUCUUUCGGAAAUAAAUUUCUUAAUAACAAAAUGCGUGUGAUACGAAGAACUUCGAUGCAAACUGAUUUUGGCUGCGAUAAUCAUGCUACUGGUUUAGCCGCUGCUUCUCUUUCUUUGUUUAUUCGCAAAAGUGUAGAGAAUACGUACGAAUGAACAACACAAUCGUUUGCACACAUAUGUACUGACUAUAUAUAUAUAGAUACAAUAUAAUAUAUAUAGAAUAAAAUCUAAAGUCGCGUUUUAAGAGAAAAAUAAUAAAAUUCUUGUAGAUAUUUUAUAUUGCUUAAAAAACAUUUCGAAUAUUGCGAAUGUUUCGCGAAAUAUCUCACGAAAUAUCGAACAUUUUCUAUAAAUAAUACUGUCAAUAAAAAGUUUCUUGUUAUCACUUGAAAACGCGGCUGAACGAAAAAAUGAAAAGAAUGCGAAAGAAGAAGAAAAUAAUAAAAUGAAACUACAAACAAAUAAUAAUAAUUUAUUUCUCACAGUUUGUAACAAUAAUUACAAAUGGUAUAUUAUAGGCGGUAUAGAAAGAAUAGAAGAGAAAUAAAAGUGGGGAGGAGCAGGAAAAAUAAAUAAAGUCAGUCGUUAACCUUGCGUAGGAGACUGGUUCACUGCAAUGUGGCAACGCGUAUAUUUUUACAUACGCUUAAUAUUUUCGUUAUCCUUGAAAAUGGAAUCUAUUUUCAUCCCGCUAGGGAUCAGCCUCGUCUUUUUGAUAUCGCAAUAACGAACCGACAAUAGUGUCGGU